AAAGCUAAAAUCAAAUCCAGUAGUCCGAGCAAGCCAUUUCUGAGUUCACAUUUCACAGACUUACGAAGCUAAGAACUCUUUUUCCUUUGUUUGCUUAUGUGCCCAGAGAUAGAAUAGAAUUUCUUGUUUGCUGUGGAUUUCCUUCCAUAAUUUGUUGUUAUCUGCGCAGAUUGGCUGCAUUUUUGUUUUCUUAUUCGAUACUGUAGUAGACUAGCAGUUGCUGGAAUCAAUACAAAUCUCUCUCAUUUUUGCAUGGGUACUGGUUUCUGCAAUUGGGUCCUUCCAGUGAUACUGUGUUGUUGGGUCCUCUUCCUUUCUGGAGUAUACUCUGGGGACAAUUUGAAUGGCCGUAAAGUUAGAGGUGUGAACCUGGGAGGAUGGUUGGUUGUGGAAGGAUGGAUUAAACCUUCUCUGUUCGAUGGCAUUCCCAAUGGAGAUAUGCUUGAUGGAACACAGGUGCAGUUCAAGUCAGUGAUUCUGCAGAAGUAUGUUUCUGCAGAAAAUGGAGGAGGUCAAAGCCUAACUGUAGACAGAGACAUACCUUCACCUUGGGAGACCUUCAGGUUUCUGUUAAAGCAGUUGUGGAGGGUUUCUGAGACAGAAUUUCAGUUCCGUUCCUUUGGAGGCCAGUUCCUGACUUGUGAUGCUGCAGGGGAUUCUGUCUCAGCAACAGCAGUAUCACCAUCCACAAAAGAAACAUUUUAUGUCGAAAGAAAUAGUAAUAACAGGGUUCACAUUAAGCUUGAAAGUGGUGCCUAUCUUCAGGCUACAUUAGCAAACCAGCUCAUAGCUGACUAUCCAGGGACACCAGGCUGGGAUGACAACAUGGCUACAUUUGAUAUGAUUAUUGUGGCAAAUAACUUACAUGGAGAUUACCAGCUUGCUAAUGGGUAUGGGCAUGAUAAAGCAAAGAAAGUUCUUACGGAACAUAGAAACAACUUUAUCAAACAGGAAGACUUUAUUUUCCUGUACAGGCAUGGGAUAAAUACAGUGAGGAUACCAGUUGGCUGGUGGAUUGCCCAGGAUCCUACUCCACCACCACCUUUCAUUGGGGGUUCUCUGGCAGUCCUUGAUAAUGCAUUCUCAUGGGCACAGAUGUAUGACAUCAGGUGCAUUAUUGACCUUCACGCGGCUCCAGGAUCUCAGAAUGGAAUGGAACAUAGUUCCAGUAGAGAUGGUUCAAUAGACUGGUCCACGUCUCCAGAAUACAUCUCACAAAGCCUGGAUGUUAUUGAUUUUCUGGCUUCCAGGUAUGCAAACCAUCCUGCCCUGUUGGGGAUUGAACUUUUGAAUGAGCCCUCCGCCUUUGGAGUUCCACUGGAUGCCUUAGUUUCAUACUACUCAAAGGGGUACCAAAUUGUACGGAACUACUCAUCCACCACUUAUGUGAUUAUUUGUCAGAGAAUUGGCAAUGCAGAUCCAUUGGAGCUUUAUCAAGCCAACAUUGGGUCCUCAAACAUUGUGGUGGAUUUGCAUUACUACAACCUCUUUGACAUUUUCUUCGUUAAUAUGAGUGCUGGGGAUAACAUUGAGUUCAUAUUCAAGAGUAGGCAAACACAACUUCAGGCCUUGAACAAGGCAAAUGGUCCACUUGUCUUUAUUGGGGAAUGGGUGAACGAGUGGAAUGUGACAAGUGGAUCUCAAAUGGAUUAUCAAGAAUUUGGGAGGGCCCAGUUGCAGGUUUAUGAUACAGCCUCCUUUGGGUGGGCAUAUUGGACGCUCAAGAACGACAGAAAACACUGGGAUUUUGAAUGGAACAUCAACAAGAACUAUCUCCAAUUAGAACAAACCAAAGUUACCUCACAGAUCCCGAAUAGAAGAGAAAUAUCUUCAGCGGCUUUCUUUGCUUUUCAUGGUUCAUCAUCACACUUAUUUUUUAACUGUAAGUGUUUCAAAUAACAUCUGAAAAAAUAUCAGAGCAUCCACAGGAUAUGAGUAACCUUGUAAAAGGCUAAGAUUUGGCAUUCAUUUUUUGAUAAUAUACACUCAAA